AUGUUGCUGGUUGAGAAGACAACGGACUCACCGGCGGCUGAGUUCUCGCUGGUGGAGGACGUGGCUCUGCACUUUGCCUGCUUGAUGGGCCGUCUGAACGAGCAGCGCCUCUUCCAGCCCGACCUCUGCGACGUGGACCUGGUGCUGGUGCCCCAGUGCAGCGUCUUCCCGGCGCACAAGGGCGUGCUGGCCGCCUACAGCCAGUUCUUCCACUCGCUCUUCACCCAGAACAAGCAGCUGCAGCGAGUGGAGCUGUCCCUGGAGGCGCUGGCGCCCGGCGGCCUGCAGCAGAUCCUCAACUUCAUCUACACGUCCAAGCUGCUGGUCAACGCGGCCAACGUCCACGAGGUGCUCAGCGCCGCCUCGCUGCUGCAGAUGGCCGACAUCGCCGCGUCCUGCCAGGAGCUGCUGGACGCCCGCUCCCUCGGCCCCCCAGGCCCCGGCGCCGUGGCCCUGGCCCAGCCGGCUGCCAGCUGCACCCCAGCCCCGCCACCCUACUACUGCGACAUCAAGCAGGAGGCCGAUACCCCGGGCCUGCCCAAGAUCUACGCCCGGGAGGGCCCGGACCCCUACUCCGUGCGUGUGGAGGACGGGGCAGGGACUGCGGGGGGCACGGGGCCUGCCACCCUUGGGCCAGCCCAGCCCUUCUUCAAGGAGGAGAAGGAGAGCGGUGUGGAGGCGGCGAGCCGGCCCCCGGCCAGCCUGUGCAAGCUGGAGGGCGGGGAGGAGCUGGAGGAAGAGCUGGGGGGAUCCGGCACCUACAGCCACCAGGAGCAGUCCCAGAUCAUCGUGGAGGUGAACCUCAACAACCAGACACUGCACGUGUCCACGACGCCCGAGGGGAAGCCGGGUGCUGCCACGGGCCCGGCCACCAUGGUGCUGGGCCGGGAGGACGGGCUGCAAAGACACUCGGAAGAGGAGGAGGAGGAGGAGGAGGACCGUGAGGAAGAGGAGGAAGAGGAAGGGGAAGAAGAGGAGGGUGGUGGUAGUGGAGGGGAGGAGGACGAGGAGGAAGGUGGCAGUCAGGGGGAGGAGGAGGAGGAGGAGGAAGACGAAGGGCACAGUGAACAGGAGGAGGAGGAGGAGGAGGAAGAGGAAGGACAUAGUGAGCAGGAUCAAGAGAGCUCGGAAGAGGAGGAGGAGGAAGAGGAGGAGGGAGAAGAGGAAGGGGAGGUGGGGGUCAGACAGGGGCCAGCAGGGCGCAGAGCCAGCCGGGCAGAGCCCCUUCCCCACAGUCGCAUGGCCACACGGUCCCGGGAGAAUGCCCAGCGCCGGGCCCCCCCUGAGGAGCCCGAGGAGGCCAGGCAGGGUGGCGGGAAGAGGCCCAAGCAGCCCCCCGGGGCGGGCCCCGCACCGGCGCGAGGGCCCCAGGCCACCGACGGGCUGGGGGCCAAGGUGAAGCUGGAGGAGAAGCAGCACCACCCGUGCCAGAAGUGCCCGCGGGUGUUCAACAACCGCUGGUACCUGGAGAAGCACAUGAACGUGACCCACAGCCGCAUGCAGAUCUGCGACCAGUGCGGCAAGCGCUUCCUGCUGGAGAGCGAGCUGCUGCUGCACCGGCAGACGGACUGCGAGCGCAACAUCCAGUGCGUGACGUGCGGCAAAGCGUUUAAGAAGCUGUGGUCCCUCCACGAGCACAACAAGAUUGUGCACGGCUACGCGGAGAAGAAGUUCUCCUGUGAGAUCUGCGAGAAGAAGUUCUACACCAUGGCCCAUGUGCGCAAGCACAUGGUGGCUCACACCAAGGACAUGCCCUUCACCUGUGAGACCUGUGGGAAGUCCUUCAAGCGGAGCAUGUCCCUCAAGGUGCACUCCCUGCAGCACUCCGGGGAGAAGCCCUUCCGAUGUGAGAACUGCAACGAGCGCUUCCAGUACAAGUACCAGCUGCGGUCCCAUAUGAGCAUCCACAUCGGCCACAAGCAGUUCAUGUGCCAGUGGUGCGGCAAGGACUUCAACAUGAAGCAGUACUUCGACGAGCACAUGAAGACCCACACGGGGGAGAAACCCUACAUCUGCGAGAUCUGCGGCAAGAGCUUCACCAGCCGGCCCAACAUGAAGCGGCACCGGCGCACCCACACGGGCGAGAAGCCCUACCCCUGCGACGUGUGCGGCCAGCGCUUCCGCUUCUCCAACAUGCUCAAGGCGCACAAGGAGAAGUGCUUCCGUGUCAGCCUCCCGCUGGCCGCCGACGGGCCCCCCUCGGCGCCCGGCCUGCCCCCCGCCCAGCCUCAGCCUCCCGCCCUGCCCUUGCUGCCCGGCCUGCCCCAGACCCUGCCCCAGACCCUGCCCCCGCCGCCCCACCUGCCCGCCCCGCCUCCCCUCUUCCCCACCGCGGCCAGCAGCGGCGGGAGGAUGAGCGCCAGCAGCCAGCCCUGA